UUUCUUCUUCACCAAUCCUCUCCCAGCACCAUGAAGGCCAUCAUCCUAGCACUGGUUGUCUUUGGCGUCGCUUUUGUCAGCUCCCAGGGUGAGCCAUGGUGUCGCUGCGCCCUGUUCGUUUCCUCCUCGCACGCUGAGUGGAUGGUCUACGAGCUGCCCGAAGUCAGCAUCGCCGACUGCGAGAGCCACAGCCAGUGCAAGAACCGCUGCACCAAAGAGUUUAACGAGAUGACGAACCACAUGGACUUGUGGGCGACCGUCAACAACGCCACGAUCGGCCAGUACAUCUGCGAAGACUUAUAUUCGCACCUUAUCUUCUUCAUCCAUAACUCCUACGUCCACGCCUACUACGAGAUGUGUGGAGGACCCUGGGAAUACGCCGGCCUCGACUCCCAACAGAUGCUGUGCUGCGAUAGGGGAGAGCAUAAGCACUGUAUCUCGUAAUGGAACUGUUGUAUUGGUACCAUUACCUGCAAGAAACUUCUGGCAUCAUUUCCUAAAUUUCCGCCAUUAACUUAUGGUAUUUGUUGUGAUCAAUAUAUAUAAGCAUUCA